AUGGAGAACCCCUUGCUGUUGAAGAUGGACUUAAGAGACAGCCCUGCAGAAAAAGCCAUGGCUCUGAUUUCUUUCUAUAAGCGACCAAAUGAAACUCCAUUGUUACACGACUUUUCGAAGGAGAACCUGGCCACUGGGUCCCAUCAGCCUCUCACUUUCUUGUUGAAAGCCACUCUUUCCUUCACGGAGGACCACGCCUGUCCUGCUGUUAUUCAUGUUCUACUUGGCGGCAGUCCAGAAACAGCAACUGUCCCCCUGGAGGACUGCCCAGACCUAGACAUCAGGGAAACCAUCAGUACUGUUCUUGGACGCGUUGCAAGACAAAUAAAGCAACUUAGACGAGGUUUGAAAGAAACCCCAAUAUGGUCCCUGGUAACUCGGCGACCUGAUGCUGUACCCCUGCCUUUUCAAAGGGAGGAAGCGUCCCUGUGUCCAGAGGUGGUACUUCAGCAUAUCACUUGGCCAGAAAUGGAUGAUGAAAGUGAUGAAGAUGAUGACUGCUCAAAGGAAACCAUAUGCCGCAUUUCAGGAUAUCUGAAACAGUUCAUUGCAAAUGCCACACCACCUGAACUGAAAGAGUUGAUGAAAUUCGGGACCGGUUGGGAAAAUCUGCCAUCAAGUCUGUCGGUGGAGAUUGUUCAUGGGAACUACCCAACAGCUGCCACAUGCUGCGAAACACUAACACUUCCCUGUCAUUACAAGAAUGACAAGUCAUUCAGUGAGGACUUCUUAGCAUGCAUUUCCUCUACACAAUCUGGAUUUGGCUUGCUCUGA